AGCGUAUGAAGACUACAGGGUAUACUUUACGCACGGGAGAGAAUAAAACGUCUUGGCUCUACACUUUCGAGCAUGCUUACGGAUAAGUUAAUGAGACACGCAGACUUCGAAUGGGCAACCAAGCCAAAUCGAAUUGUAUUAAAUAUUUUUGGCCUAUGGCCAAAUGUUCGUGAAAAUCCCCGUGACAGAUUCUUCUCGAAUUUGAGGGUGAUAUUCACAUUUGUCAUAUUUGUUUUUACUGGAGUUACUCCAGCCAUACAUUCCGUAGUGAGAAUUUGGGGUGAUCUGAUGUCAAUGAUAGACAAUCUGCAAACCAUUUUACCAUGUAUAAUGACUAUAAUAGGACUAGUUGUUAUAUGGUGGAAGAAACCAGAUCUUUUACUGGCCAUAAGUAUGAUAGCUGAGGAUUGGAUAAAAAUCAAAAGCGAUAAGGAACGGUGCAUUAUGAUAAAGCAUGCUCAAUACGCUCGAAUUCUCACAUUGAUCGGUUAUUCCUAUAUGUUUCUGUCAGCUUGUUUGCUCGUUCUUCUACCUUUCUUCGGGAAGUCUGUGAGAUACAUGACAAAUGUCACUGAUCCAGAUAAGAUCUUACCCCUACAAUCCCAUUAUAUCUAUGAUAAAAAUCAAAGCCCGUAUUUCGAGUUUUCCUACUUCACACAGUCCCUCAUGGUCGUUAUGUGUACUGCGUGUUACAGUAGUAUGGAUAACUUAUUCGGAUUACUGGUAUUUCAUUUGUGCGGGCAACUGGAGAAUUUAAAAGACAAGCUGAUUAACAAAAAUAUAUAUGAAAACGAUAACAAAACUGUAGCCUUUAUCGUGAAGGAGCACAUACGACUAAUCGAAUAUGUUCAUAUUAUCGAAAAUAUAUUUACUUUAUUAUUACUCGGAUUCUUUGUCUACAUCGGCUUAUUAUGCAGUUUAUACGGAUUUCUAAUAAUCGCAAUACUUAAAGAAGGAAAGAAAAUGUCAAUAAUGCGCUUUAUAUAUAUCACUUCUGUUGCAAUAAAUGUUUCUGGACACAUGUGUCUGUUGUGCGCGGUGAGUGAGCUUUUAGUAGCAAAAAGCGAAAGUAUAUAUCAUGCAGCUUAUGAGCAUGAAUGGUACAAAUUGAAGCCAGAAAAGGCAAAGUGUUUGCUCCUAAUAAUGGUUCGAGCUAAAAAGCCUUUUUAUAUUAUGGCUGGGAAAAUAAUUCCUAUGACAUUGUCGACGUUUUGUAACUUGAUAAAAACAUCAGCUAGUUACGUAUCGGUUUUAAUUGCAAUACAAAAUUAGAAGAAUCUUCAUCUAUAUAUGUAGUACCAACAGAAGAAAAAUGUAAAAAGAGUAAACACACACGUGCGCGCGCGCGCGUAUUCUUUUGUUUAUAAAUA